AUGUCUCACUUCAAAAUUUUGGCACUUAGAUGUAUUUGUCUAUUCUACGCCAAGCCAAACCCUGAUUUGACCGUAGAUUGGAAUGCUCAAAAUCCCGUAUUUGCCAAGGCUGAUGGUUUGUUGGAUUUAUCUACGCUACGAUAUGCAACUACUAACUUGGUAGUGAAAGAUAAUCAACCCAAUACUCCAUAUACAUAUACCAAGGUUAUACCACAUGGACAACCACCGCCUGAACCUCGCUCGUAUGUUUCCUCUGUGGUUGAUAGUUUUGGAAGAAUUUAUAUAUGGGGUGGAAACGCUGAAGACACAUAUUAUUCAAACACAUACUAUGAUAACACAAUGUAUAUAUUCGAUACAAACUCGUCAACAUGGACUUACAAUAUGCCAUCAUAUGCACCAGAUGCUAGAGAUGAUUAUACUGCCACUUUAUUACCAAAUGGAAAAAUUAUCUACAUUGGUGGAAUAUACACAGAUUAUGGUGAUGGUGUUAAUAUUAAUGAGAUUUGGAUUUAUGAUACAUAUAAGACUCAAUCACCCUGGAGUUUAAAGACUGCAAAAAAUUAUACGGAACUAGUUAAUAGAUAUGGUCAUUCUGCAGUUUUAGGAGAAUCUCCACGUUCAGUGCCAACAUCAAACUUUGGCUUAUUGGUUUUGGAUACUCGAGAUUAUUCGUGGAAUCAACCAUAUUCACAAAAUGCUCCUGACAAAUAUAGUAUACCCAAAUAUCAUACUGCUACUGUUUAUCAGAAUUACAUGAUUGUUACUUUUGGUGCACUAAGAGCCUCAGGCACUUAUCUGUCCUCAGCACAAAUUCUUGAUCUUUCUAACGGAAACUAUAAGUGGAUUGGAGAUUUUAUUGUUCCGACAUCGUCAAAGAAAAAAAUCAUUAUUAUUGUGACUAUUGUAUCAAUAAUCGUUGUUGCUUUGGUGAUCGGAGUGUCUGCAUUUUUAAUUAAUAAGCGUCGAAAAAAGAAACUCCUUGUGACGACAAAUCUACAAACUACAAAUAUUCCGCCACCAUUGAGUUAUUCCGAUCUUCCAUUUAGUAAUAACAAUACUACUAAUAAUCAAACAGCAGUAGUUAAUGUCCCGCAUGAGCAAUUACCAGAAGCUGUAUCUAGUAGAGAAAGUAAUCCGUUGAGGUAUAAUCCAAUCGCAAAUCCGAUUAUUGUUGAUAAUCUUUCUGGUAGCAUAACUCAAAAUUUGCCUAGUUUGAUUGAAAAUAAAAAACGAAAUUAG